GUAUUGGCUUAGAGAUGCAUGAAGAACCCUAUAUGAACAAGGGCAAUACGGAGCUUGUCUUGGUCCCUGGUAUGACCUUUAGCGUUGAACCAGGCAUCUACAUCACUAAUGAAUUUGGUAUUCGAUUAGAAGAUAUUGCCGUCGUAUCUGACAAUGGAAAGCUCGAGUUAUUAACAGAGGGUCUUGCUGAUAAUCCUUGGACACUUUAAAUUUAAAUGUGGCUUAUCCACUGUCCUCUCUGACAUACUUUCGCAUUAUUUUUCUCUCUUUUUUUUAAUAAAAGGAUAUGACUGAUUUGAAAAAAGAUUAUUAUUCAGAAGAAGAAUAUGAUGAUUAUGACGACUAUGAUGACUAUCUUGACGAUGAGUUGAAUGAAAAUGACAUGUGGGAUAAUGCCACAGGAGACUUUACCAAACAAUACAACAAGCUUCGUCAACAGAUCGCCACAACAACACCUAAAGUAGAAAAACCAGCGACCCCAGCACCAGCGAUCAACACAAAGAAACAGCCCGUGCAACCCCAGAUCAAAGACAAGAAGCAACUUUUGGAGAGCCAAAUCGAAAGCUUGGGUCACCUUGCCAGCCGUAUUCACAUUGACGAUGAAUAUAACCCAAGUCGCCUGACAGCUUCUGUUGCAGGAGAUCUUCGAGCUAGUUCAAAAAAGGCGAGUGGUGACAAGACAAUCCAAAAGGACAAGGCAGAUCGAGCGACAGUUGAGCAGGUGCUUGAUCCACGUACACGUAUCAUUCUGUUCAAGAUGUUGAACAGAGGCAUCUUUUACGAAAUCAAUGGAUGUAUCAGUACAGGUAAAGAAGCCAAUGUGUAUCACGCCGUAACCGAAGACGGGCAGCAUCGGGCCAUCAAGGUCUACAAGACGUCGAUUUUGACCUUUAAGGAUCGUGAUCGGUAUGUCACUGGUGAAUUUCGAUUCAGACAUGGCUAUUCCAAAUCAAAUCCACGAAAGAUGGUCAAAGUGUGGGCCGAGAAGGAGAUGCGUAAUUUGAGACGAUUGGAACAGGCAGGGAUUCCAUCUCCUCAGGCGCUACUUCUUCGUAUGCAUGUCCUCGUCAUGGAUUUCUUGGGUGAUAAGCAUGGAUGGGCAUAUCCUCGUCUGAAGGAUGCAGCCAUUGAGACAAGCAAGUAUCCUGCAUUGUAUUAUCAGUUGAUCAAGAACGUAAGAACGAUGUAUCAAGUGUGUAAAUUGGUUCAUGCUGAUUUGAGUGAAUAUAAUAUUCUAUACCACUCACGAACAUUGUAUAUCAUCGAUGUGUCUCAAUCAGUCGAACAUGAUCACCCACACGCUUCAGAGUUCUUGAGAAAGGAUCUGUCAAACGUGACAGACUAUUUUGCAAAAAAGGGCGUGCGCGUGAUGAGUUUGAUGGACCUGUUCAAGUUUGUGACAGAUGUUUCAUUUAGUAAUGAUGAAGCUGUUGUAGACGCAAAACUGCAGGAGAUUCAAGAAAGAAUGGAUCAACAGCCAGAGACAAAUAAUAAAGAAGAAGAAGAAAUUUUCAAAAAGUCUUAUAUACCAACGACACUAGAAGAAGUCAUCGAUAUCGAACGAGACACACUUUUAGUUGAAAAGGGCGAGGCAAAGAAAUUAGUGUAUGCAGAUUUGUUGGGUACGGGUGUAACAUCAAGUAUGCAAAAUAUGAGCAUAAGUGAUGACGACAGCAAUGAAGAAGAAGAAGAAGAAGAAGAAGAUGAUGAUGAUGAAAAUAGUGAAAGUGAAAGUGAAGAUGAGGAUAAACCAAAGAAAGUGAAAGGCAAAAAGAAUGAAGAUAAAGAUGAAAAGAAGGAAAGAAAGAAGAAAGCAAAGGAAGAAGCAAGGGAACGCAGAAAGCAUAAAAUUCCAAAAGCAGAAAAGAAGCGAAAGAUAAAGACAACAAGCAAAAAGAAGAAAUAGGCUUGCUGAGCCUUUUUUUUUGUAGUCACAAAUACCUUUUAUAUUCUUUGUUCAACUCGAAGUUGUACAUAAAGAGCGAUUUUUUAUUUUGUUUCUUUUUCUUUCUCUUUUUCUUUUUUUCAAAAAAAGGCAAAAUGAAAGCAGAGUUGCUAAACUACCCGUUUGAAUUAGUUGCACCCAUGGCAGCUAUUGCUUCUAUUUUGCUAUUACCUUUGGGGCCUUUGUUGAUUCCACGAUUCUAUAUCAUCUUUUUACUUGUCUAUUUCAUGUGUUUUCUGUAUAC